AUGUGUUGUAAGAUUGUUGCACCGGGUAAUAUUGUUGUGGAUAGCUUUGGUUUUGUUGGUAGUUUUGGUUUUGUUGGUAAAUUUGGUAUUGUUGAUAGUUUGGAUUUGGGUUAUGAAAGCCUCCCUCACGCUCUGCCUCUGCUAAACGCUCACCUGAAAGCAUCCAGCAUCCAACUCCGACCGGCGAGACGACGACCACCACACCAUUUCCGGCAGCGAGUCUGCGACAGCAUUUCCGGCUACGAGUUUGCGACACCUCUCCGGCUACAACGCAGACGUCUCCGUCUUCGGCUGUCACAAACCCCGACUCCGGCUAUCACAUCUCUGAUUCUGAACAUUCACUUCUCAACCUGUUACUCUGUUAAAUCUUGGGAGUCAUUGAAGGGAUAA